AUGAGGAAACUCAAGUACCAUGAGCAGAAAUUGCUCAAGAAAACAAACUUUUUUGACUGGAAGAGUGCCGAUACGCACAGAGAGACUAAAAUAUUGCGAAGAUACAUGAUACAGAACCCAGAAGACUACCAUAAGUACAACAAGCUGGUUGGAUAUAUUACUAAGUUGACUAGCGACUUGAGGAAGCUUCCCGAGGACGAUCCAUUCAGAAUUAAGAUGACGGACGAUUUGCUGGAAAAAUUGUAUCAAAUGGGACUCAUUUCAACGAAGUCGAAUUUGGAAGUCUGCGAGAGGAUCUCGGCGUCAGUUUUUUGCAGAAGAAGGCUGGCCGUCGUGCUUGUAACACGAAAGUUCUGCCAACAUUUAACACAAGCGGUGACUUUCAUUGAACAAGGACAUGUAAAGGUUGGAGUGGACGUAGUGAACAAUCCAGCGUACCACGUUACGAGGAACAUGGAGGACCACAUAACAUGGUCACAAGGAUCGAAGAUCAGGGAGAAGAUAGCCCAAUUCACAGGAACCACAGACGACUUCGAACUGCUAGGAAAUUAA